UGGGGUCACAAUAGCGGCACCCUCGCCAUUUUCGCAGCUCUUUGUGCGCCACUCUCUGCUAAGAGUUUGCGUGUUUUUGUCGAGCGAUUCGUCGACUCGAGUUUUAAUUCUUUAGUAAAAAAUGCAAGGAAACAGAGGCCCCCAGCACCACCAUGGGUCCAACCGCCCGGGGGAGCAGAAAAAGCCCGGAGGAACAAACACCAACGGCCAACAGCCCGAGCAUAGCGAGCAUAGCAACCCCAACGAGGCCCUCACCCUGGACCUGCAGAACUUCAGAAAGCCCGGUGAGAAAACCUUCACCCAGCGCAGCAGGCUGUUUGUGGGAAACCUACCGACAGGAAUUACCGAGGAGGAUCUCGAGAAGCUGUUCGACAAAUACGGCAAGGCCAAUGAAAUCUUUAUCAACAAGGAAAGAGGCUUCGGCUUCAUCCGGCUGGAGACCAGGAUCAUAGCAGAGAUCGCCAGAGCCGAGCUGGAUGAUACUCCGUUCAGAGGCAGGCCUAUUAGGGUGAGAUUUGCAACACACGGUGCAGCUUUAACUGUGAAAAAUCUGCCAGAUUUUGUGUCCAAUGAGCUGCUGGAGGAGGCGUUCGCCGGCUUUGGUCAGAUAGAAAGAGCAGUGGUCAUAGUGGAUGACCGAGGGAGGCCCACAGGGAAGGGAAUAGUGGAGUACACCUCAAAGCCAGCUGCAAGAAAGGCUUUGGAUAAGUGCAGUGAUGGUGCCUACCUUCUCACAGCUUUCCCGCGACCGAUUACAGUGGAACCUAUGGAACAGCUUGAUGAAGAGGAGGGACUGUCAGAAAAAAUCAUAAACAAAAACCAGCAGUAUCACAAAGAGCGUGAGCAGCCACCACGAUUUGCUCAGCCUGGUUCCUUCGAGUAUGAGUAUGCCAUGCGCUGGAAGGCCCUGAUGGAGAUGGAGAAGCAGCAGUAUGAUAUGGUAGACCGCAACAUGAAGGAGGCUCAGGAGAAGCUGGAGGCCGAGAUGGAGGCAGCCAGACAUGAGCACCAAGUGAUGCUGAUGAGGCAGGACCUGCUGAGGCGGCAGGAGGAGCUGCGGAGGAUGGAGGAGCUCCACAGUCAGGAGGUGCAGAAGAGGAAACAGGUUGAGAUCCGGCAGGAGGAGGAACGCCGGAGGAGAGAGGAGGAGAUACGGAUGCACAAUGAGGAGAUGCUGAAGAGGCAGCAAGAGGGCUUCAGAGGCAACUUCCCUGAAAACAGGGAGCCAGACAUGAGGAUGCAUAUGGGCGGUCAUGGGAUGAACAGAAACUCGCUGGGUGGCAAUUCUGGUCCUGCGGGUACUCGCAAUUCUGGUCCUGCAGGUACUCCCAACAUGGCUGCUGAGAAUACCCCAAUGAUGCCGGGGCAAGGAAACCUCAUGCCCGGAGGUCAGGGUGGCUUCCCCAGAGGUCUCCCCGGGCCUGGAGAAUAUGGACCUAACAAACAACGCAGAUUUUGAAUCAAAUGUCUAUUAUCCUUUUUCAUACUUACUGUAUUUUAAAGUUCAGGUUGUGACGGUUACUUUUUGAACUUUGAUGACAGUUGCAUGUAUUUACCAGCCGCUACAGCGUCUCUCUCUCUCUCUUUUUUUUUUUUUUUAAACCUUUUUAUUUGUACUUUUUUUGAGUUAUGGCUAUAGUACUAAAAUGUCAUAACUCCAAAAUGAGCCAUGUGUUUUACUUUUAUUUUUCAACUUUAGUGUAUUUUUCAUAGGGAUAGAAAAUGUGUUUUUUUUCUGGACAUGAUGACUUUUCUGGAAUAAAUUCAUGAUUCCCUAAGAAUUUAUAUUUCUCAAUGUCUUUGAAAGCAGUGUGGAGCCAAACGUGUCACCUUAAAGACACAUUUUAUCUACAUGAUGGUAAUUUAAACAUAGGCGGUGUCUUGUUCUCGUGUAGUCACAGCCGUCAGCUGGAUUUCUGGCAUUAAUUAGAGUAUUGAUUUCAUGAACACUGGCACUGAUGAAUCAAUAGCCUGAAACACAACUCCAGGGUAGCUAUCUAUUCACAUCAAUAUCAUUGCCUUCAUUGACUGAGGCAGAAUAUAGUGCAAAGAAGUAAUAAAGUAAAGAAUGAGAACAGCUAUAACAUAUUGUACUUUGGCGAGACACUACAGACAAACAUUGUUGCACCGGUCAAUUUUGAGAGUUUGUGCUAUUUUUCUUUUUAUUACAUUUCUUCUUUUAGACUAGUGGAAAGGAAACAUCCAAAAUACACAUUUAGAUGUUUUAUGUUAUUUUGUCUAUUUGCGUAAUGCCUUAUUUGCAUAUUUUAAAUGUAACCGAUCAGAAAACUUGUAAUACUAAAAAUAUUUGUCUUCAUUUACGUAACCAACUGGGGAAGUUUCAUAGUGUUAUCUAUUAAUUAAAUCUUUUUACCCUAUUCACCUGUUGUGUCUUGCAAACUCAAUCAAAUUUAACAAUCCAUAUCUUUAAAGGCCGUUUCCACAAAGUUGUUGUUUCCUUCUCGGACUCUGAGCCACUUCAGUAGCUCUUACAUGCACCCUCUUUAUUAUUUAUUAAUAAUGCAACACAUUAAGGUGUGCCACUGUUAUGGUUUCCUGGAGCCAGUGCUUUCUUGUCUCCGCCUACCUACCUACCUACCUACCAGACGUUUUGUGAUUCAUGCACCAUCUCGCAGAGGAGGAAGCUGAGGGAGUUCCUGAUUACUGAAUGAUGAACGGGACACAGUCCAGACACUCACUGAGGGUAGUGGCACCUGCAUACCUACACAGUGACCUCAUAUGAACAGUGUCCUUAAAUGUCACAACUCACUGACUAAUGCGACGAACGAGAAAAGGUCUGAUUCAGAUACGUGGAAAGAUAAGUACUCGGAUCUUUCAGUCGAGUAAAAGUACAGUAGUAAUACCACAGUGUAGAAAUACUCUGUUACAA